CAGCGCCGGUGACACUGCUCCUCUGCAGCGGUCCCAGUCUCUCCCGCACUCGGUGGCGGCCGCCGUGGGUGGCACGUCUGACCCCAGCGCCCUCAGCAGCUCAGCGUUAAGUGAACGAGAGGCCUCCCGGCUCGACAAGUUCAAGCAGCUCCUUGCCGGCCCGAACACAGACCUCGGGCUGAGAUGCUUCUAGAUCAGUACCGAAAGAAGUCAAAGCUCUUCCGUACUACAGUUGUCCUGGCCCCACUAGGAGAUGAUUUUCGCUACUGUGAACGCAUAGAAUGGGAUCAUCAGUAUAAGAAUUAUCAGCUGCUUUUUGAUUAUAUGAAUUCUCAUCCUGAGUAUAAUGUUAAGAUACAGUUUGGGACUUUAUCAGAUUAUUUUGAUGCACAGGAUAAAGAAGAUGUAACCAUUAGAAAGAAUAGCCAAUCCAUGUUCCCUGUUCUAAGUGGAGAUUUUUUCACUUAUGCUGACCGAGACGAUCAUUAGUGGAGCGGCUACUUUACAUCCAGACCCUUCUACAAACGAAUGGAUAGGAUAUUGGAAUCCCAUCUAAGGGCUGCUGAAAUUCUUUACUAUUUCGCCCUGAAACAAGCUCAGAAAUACAAGAUAAGUAAAUUUCUUUCAUCAUCCCAUUGCAUGGCACUGACAGAAGCCAGAAGAAAUUUGGGACUGUUUCAACAUCAUGAUGCUAUCACAGGAACUGCAAAAGAUUGGGUGGUUGUGGAUUAUGGUACCAGACUCUUUCAUUCAUUAAUGAAUUUGAAGAAGAUAAUUGGAUAUUCUGCACUACUUCUUAUUUUGAAGGACAAAAACUCGUACAACUCUUACUCUUUUGAUAACCUCCUAGACGUGGAUUUGAAACAAAACUCACAAGGUUCUCUACCACAAAAAACUGUAAUAACACUGAGUGCAGAGCCAAGGUAUCUUGUGGUCUGUAAUCCUUCAGAACAAGACCGAAUCUCAGUGGUCUCAGUCUAUGUGAGUUCCCCCACAGCACAAGUGUCUUUUGCUUCCGGAAAGCCUGUGGAAAUUCAGAUGAGUGCAGUUUGGAAUACAGCAACUACUAUUUCACAGACAGCCUAUGAGAUCUCCUUCCUAGUGCAGAUGCCACCACUCGGACUGAAAGUGUAUAGAAUUUUGGAAUCAGCAAGUUCAGACCCACAUUUAGCUGAGUAUGUGCUGCAUAAUGGUAACGUAAAAGAUAAACGGAUUUUCAACAUGAAGAAUGUAAAAAGUACUGAAGAAGAUAUAACUCUAGAGAACUCCUUUGUUAAACUUCGGUUUGAUCAGUCUGGGCUUUUGGAGGAAAUGAUAAAUAAAGAAGACAGUAAACAUCAUGAAGUAAAAGUGCAAUUUUCAUGGUAUGGAACCACCAGUAAAAAGGACAAAAGUGGUGCCUACCUCUUCUUACCUGAUGGGGAAGCCAAGCCUUAUGUUUACACAACACUGCCCUUUGUCAGAGUGCAACGUGGAAGGUUUUACUCAGACGUGACUUGCUUUUUGGAACAUGUUACCCGUAGGGUCCGACUGUACAACAUCCAAGGAAUAGACGGACAGUCUGUGGAAGUGUCCAAUAUCGUGGACAUCCGAAAAGAACAUAACCGUGAGAUUGCAAUGAGAAUUUCUUCUAGCAUAAACAGUCAAAACAAAUUUUAUACUGACCUGAAUGGAUAUCAGAUUCAGCCCAGAAUGACGAUGAGCAAAUUGCCUCUUCAAGCAAAUGUCUAUCCGAUGACCACAAUGGCCUAUAUACAGGACACCAAGCAUCGCUUGACAUUACUCUCAGCUCAGUCUUUAGGGGUUUCAAGUUUGAAAAGUGGUCAGAUUGAAGUUAUCAUGGAUCGAAGACUCAUGCAAGAUGAUAAUCGCGGCCUUGAGCAAGGUGUCCAUGAUAACAAGGUUACAGCUAAUUUAUUUCGACUACUACUGGAAAAAAGAAGUGUGAAUACGGAAGAAGAAAAGAAGUCAGUCAGUUAUCCUUCUCUCGUUAGCCACAUAACUUCCUCUCUCCUGAAUCAUCCUGUCUUUACAAUGACAGAAAAGAUCCCCGUGCCCACCCUUCAGCUGCUAGGUGAAUUCUCUCCGUUACUGUCAUCUUUGCCUUGUGACAUUCAUCUCGUUAAUCUGAGGACAAUACAGUCAAAGGUGGAUGGCAAGCAUUCCGAUGAGGCAGCCUUGAUCCUCCACAGGAAGGGGUUUGACUGCCGCUUCUCAAGCAGAGACACGGGGCUGCUUUGUUCCACAACCCAGGGAAAGAUUUUGGUACCGAAGCUUUUUAGCAUGUUUACUGUCGCAAGUCUCAUACCUUCAUCAUUAUCCUUGAUGCAUUCACCUCCAGACGCCCAAAAUAUAAGUGAGAUCAACUUGAGUCCCAUGGAAAUCAGCACAUUCCGAAUCCAGUUGAGAUGAACCUGGCUUUCAAAUUUGGAUUGGGAAGCAUUGUCUUUUAUACACUUCUUGGUUUGACGUGCAAUAAGGAAGCACAUUAUUUUAGCUUCUGGCUACUGUGAGGACAUGAAUUCUGUGAUUGUUAUUAUAAUUAUUAUUAUUAUUUUUUUUUUUUACUAGUACAGAAAGAAAAAAAAAAGCCAUGCUAUAGCCAGUUUUUCUUUAAGUUCCAUCCAUGAAUCACCACCAUCAGUAUGAAUCGAUGCAACAAUGAAGGAAGAAAUGUCUAAAACAACCUCUCCACAGAUUGUAUCUCAGGUUAAAUGCUAACUAACUAUAUCUGUGUCGGGAGUUGUGAAGAGAUUGUUAUAAGUAUUCAUGUUGCUGAUCCUUCAUUAGUUUUACAAAAAUACCCAUUUUUACCAAAAUGGAAUAAAAAGCUGAAGGGUAAUAGCUAAUGGCCAAAAUGGUUGCAAUCGUUCAUACGCAUUCGAAAAAUUUUGUGUAUUGAAAUAUGUGGAAAAGUGCAAUCCAUCAACCCUUAUGAUAUCUGUACAUCAUUGACCUUCACACCUUUUUCUAAUGUACCACUUGAACCCUCCCUUCUCACUCUUUGUAUUUCCAGAAAUAGCAGAUUUUGAAUCAUUCAAUAGUAGAAAAAGAGGCAUAUUUUCAUUACUUGACAAUGUGGGAUAGGUGCAAUUUAUUCCAUUGUCACUAAGAUAGAAAAAGCAAUCCCAUAGGUACCAUAACCUCUUUUAGGUACCACAAGGUGUCUUUUUGCACAGCUCAUUUGAAUACAGAUGUUCGGAGAGGGGUUUUCUAUUUUAAAAAUAACCAUAUCAAAAUAAAUGUGCCUUAUUUUUUUAUAA